AUGGCUUCACGUCCGCAGAACAUUGGCAUCAAGGCCAUCGAAAUCUACUUCCCCAGCCAGUAUGUCGAGCAAUCUGAGCUCGAGAAGUUCGAUGGCGUCAGCACCGGCAAAUACACAAUUGGCCUGGGCCAGACCAAGAUGAGCUUCUGCGACGACCGCGAAGACAUCUACUCCUUCGCCCUGACCGUCACUGCGAACCUGCUCAAGAAGUAUGCCAUCGACACCAACUCGAUCGGCCGCCUCGAGGUCGGCACCGAGACCAUCCUGGACAAGUCCAAGUCGGUCAAGUCGGUGCUGAUGCAGCUCUUUGGCGACAACACCAACAUCGAGGGUGUCGACACGGUCAACGCCUGCUACGGUGGCACCAACGCCGUCAUCAACUCCAUCAACUGGAUUGAGAGCUCCGGCUGGGACGGCCGCGACGCCAUCGUCGUCGCCGGCGACAUCGCCCUGUACGCCAAGGGCAACGCCCGCCCCACCGGCGGUGCCGGCGCCGUUGCCAUGCUCAUCGGCCCCGACGCCCCCAUCGUCUUCGAGCCCGGUCUGCGCGGCAGCUACAUGCAGCACGCUUACGACUUCUACAAGCCCGACCUGGCGAGCGAGUACCCGUACGUCGACGGCCACUUCUCGCUCACCUGCUACACCAAGGCCCUGGACGGCGCAUACACUGCCUACUCGAAGCGCGAGGCCCUGCUGAAGCAGAAGAACGGCGCCACCAACGGCGCCACCAACGGCGCCACCAACGGCCACGCCAACGGCCACGCCAACGGCAACGGUGCCGCCGCUGUCGACAACAAGACCCCGCUAGACCGCUUCGACUACCUGGCCUUCCACGCCCCCACCUGCAAGCUCGUCACCAAGUCGUACGCCCGCCUGCUCUACCACGACUACCUCGCCAACCCCGACAGCCCCGCCUUCGCCGACGUGCCCCCGGAGCUUCGCGACAUGGACUACGAGAAGUCGCUGACCGACAAGCUGGUCGAGAAGACCUUCCUGGGCCUGACCAAGAAGCGCUGCCAGGAGCGCGUCAACCCCGGCCUCCAGGUCGCCACCAUGUGCGGCAACAUGUACUGCGCCAGCGUCUGGGGCGGUCUCUGCUCCCUCAUCUCCCACGUCGACAGCGCCACCCUGCAGGGUAAGCGCAUCGGCCUCUUCAGCUACGGCUCGGGCCUGGCUGCUAGCUUCCUGUCCCUGCGCGUCAGCGGCAACCCCGAGAAGCUCGCCAAGGUCCUCGACAUCCCGAACCGCCUCCAGGCCAGGCGUGUCGUUCCCCCGCAGACAUACGAUGAUAUGUGCGAGCUCCGGAAGAAGGCCCACCUUCAGAAGGGCUUCAAGCCCACCGGCGAGGUCCCGACCAUCACCGCCAACACUUACUACCUCGAGGAGGUUGACGACAUGUUCAAGAGGUCAUACAGUACCAAGGCCUAA